AUGGAUUACGACCUCAUUGAAGAGGGAAUGGAAGCCUUCCACUCGAUACACGAACGGUUGUCAUCAUACAUGGUGGAAAAAGAGGCUUACGAUCGCGCUGCGACCUUAGAGGUCGUCAAUGAAGAACUCGCUGAUCCGGAGGAUGACGAGGAAGUCCAUAUUCAGCUCGCUCCGGCGGCGCUGGACGAUACACCUCCCAAGGUCAAAGACCCUACUGAGAAGGUCAACCUGGGUACUGUAAGUGAGCCUAUGGAAGUAUUGAUCAGUGCUUACCUAGAGCCUAACGAGAAACAGAGGCUCAUCGAACUAUUGCUAGAGUUCAAGGAUUGCUUCGCGGAGAAGUAUGAGGACAUGCCCGGCCUGUCACCAGACUUGGUUUGUCAUCAAUUACCAACUCUUGCUGAAAAGAGGCCCGUCAAGCAGGAACCUCGACGAAUGAACUCCGAGACCCAGAUUUUGGUAAAGGAGGAGGUAGAAAAAAUGCACAAAUCCGGCAUCAUAAGGGUUGCCAAGUAUAACCAGUGGUUAUCUAAUAUAGUGCCUGUCCGAAAGAAAAAUGGCAAGCUGAGAGUCUGCGUUGAUUAUAGAGACUUGAAUCUCGCCACACCUAAAGACGUUUACCCCAUGCCGGUCGCGGAUAUGUUGAUUCCGGUCGCUGAAGAGGACAGACACAAGACUGCUUUCUGCUGCCCUGGCUUCGCGGGAGUUUUCGAAUAUGUGGUCAUGCCUUUUGGCCUGAAGAACGCCGGUGCGACGUAUCAAAGAGCCAUGAACUUGAUCUUCCACGACCUACUGGGAAAGGUUUUAGAGAUAUACAUUGAUGACGUAGUCGUCAAGUCCCAGAAGCGAGGGGAUCACAUCGCGGAUCUCAGGAAAGUGUUUGAGCGCAUGCGCCGACAUAGACUCAAAAUGAACCCGGCCAAGUGUGUGUUUGGGGUUCAAGCAAGGGACUUUCUGGGGUUUAUAGUCCACCAGCGAGGAAUUGAGGUCCCAGAGGACAAGGCAAGCGCAGUCAUUAAUGCAUCUCACCCACGGACGAAGAAGGAAUUACAGCGUCUUUUGGGUAAGAUUAAUUUUCUAAGGCGUUUCAUCUCUAAUUCUGCAGGGAAAAUCCAGCCCUUCUCACCCUUGCUGAGACUACAAGGACAGAAUGAAUUUGUGUGGGAACCCAAGCAUCAAGAGGCUUUCGACAGUAUCAAGGCCUAUCUGGCAAACCCACCAGUCUUGGUUCCACCGAGAACCGGGGUCCCGUUGAAGCUAUAUAUCGCGGCAGCCGACGCUUCCAUUAGUAGCCUGCUCACUCAGGACGAUGAGGACGGUGUCGAACACGCUAUAUUUUAUCUCAGCCGUGUACUGAUGGAUUGCGAGACAAGAACGGAUACUCUGGCCGGCGCAGGGAUUGUUCUGAAGAACCCCGCCGGUGAUCGUUUCUCUUAUUCUUUCCAGCUCACGUUCCAAUGUACUAAUAAUCAGGCCGAAUAUGAAGCUCUUAUCAUUGGACUCGAAGUCUUGUUGGAAAUGGGCGUCCGGGACGUUCAGAUUCGCGGCGAUUCUCAGCUCGUUAUCAAUCAGCUUCUGGAAAAAUAUCGGUGUACGAGUUGGCUGCUCAUCCCAUACCUGAAUCGCGCCAUCGAGCUUUUGGACCAGUUUACAGAUGUUGAUAUGGAACAUAUACCACGUGAACGUAACUUUGCUGCUAAUGAGCUCGCUCAGUUGGCUACAGGCAUUAGCUUGAAGUACGGAGUGCGCGAGCGCAUCCUGAAAGUUGAGCGUCGCACACUACCUUCGUGGCUUGCUCGACCUGAUCCUCCAGACGAUCCCAUGGUUGCGGUACUAGAACCCAUUGAUGUCGAUUGGCAGAUUCCACUGCUUGAAUACCUCAAACAACCAGACUCCAGCGCCGAUAGGAAAACUCGUUUCCUCGCACUGAAUUACUUCCUUAGAGGCGAUGAACUGCGCAGACGUGGAGAAGAUGGCAUAGAUUUUCGAUGUGUCUACGGUCGCGAAGCCAAGAGAUUGCUGCGCGAGGUGCACACGGGGAUAUGUGGAUCUCAUCAAGCCGGGCCUAAGAUGCGUUGGCUCCUCCGACGUCAUGGUUACUAUUGGCCUAGCAUUUUGAAGGACUGUAUCGCAUUUGCCAAAGGCUGUUGGGCAAUGGACUUGAUUGGAAUGAUCCAUCCUCAUUCUUCCCUACAGCACAAGUUUAUCAUCGUCGCCACUGACUACUUCACGAAAUGGGUUGAAGCAGAGCCUCUGAAGGAAGCCUCCGGCACUACCAUUCGCCAGUUUAUUUUCCAUAAUAUUCUCUGUAGGUUUGGCAUCCCUGAAGUGCUGGUAUCGGACAGGGGGGCAACGUUCAUGGGAGGCCCCGUUGAGGAGCUGGUAAAUGACUUUGGCAUUCAAUUCACACAUAGUACUCCGUAUUAUGCUCAAUCUAAUGGUCAGGCGGAGGCGAGCAACAAGACAAUCAUCACCUGA